UUUUUUUCUCUCUUCUUCCCCUCCCACACACACCUUCUCUAUUUUCCAACGCACAUAUGACUUCGGAAAGCAAGGACCCUGAGAUCGAGACAAAUGAUUCCUUCCACGAACUAAGCCCAACAGCAAUAACCAUCAUGUCGUGCCAAGUAGAAGGAACCGCCCUGAUCACCGGAGCUGGCUCGGGUAUCGGAGAGCAGACAGCCCUGCACCUCGCUGCGAACGGCAUUUCAGCACUGACCUUAGUGGAUAUUGACCCGUCGGGCCUGGACCACGUGCAACAGGCCUUGCAAGCAAGCCACCCGACUGUGCAGGUGCUUAUCAUGCCGGCGGACGUAACCGAUGAAGCAGCCGUUGAGGCCGCCUUCCAAGAGACCGUGGCUGCGUUCCAGAGAGUGGACAUUGUCAUCAACGCGGCUGGCGUUGGUCAGCCCUUCCAGUCAACGCCCGACCUGAGCAAGGAGGACUGGGAGAAAGUCAUUCGAGUUAACCUGACCGGGGUAUGGCUAUGCCAAAGGGCUGCUAUCCGGCAGAUGCUUGCGCAAGAACCCCGUAACGUCCGCCAAGGCCGAGGAGUCAUUGUCAAUAUCGCAUCGGCCUUGGGACUUACGACGCCGUCGACUAUGCUCCCCACUACAGCUUAUGUAUCUUCCAAACAUGCGGUUAUGGGAUUGACCAAAUCGGAUGCCAGAAUUUACGCCGCAGAGGGAAUUCGUAUAAAUGCAGUGUGUCCGGGCUGGUUUCGCACCUCAUUGAUUCAGUCAGAGCUGGAUUCCGGCGAGCUGUCUGCAGAGAUCCUCAGCGCCCCAGUGCAGAGAGUAGCGGAGACUGAGGAGAUCGCAAGCGCCAUCUUAUUCUUGGCAUCGCCAAUGAGCAGUUUUGUCUAUGGAACCGGCCUCAUGGUUGACGGGGGGUACAGCUUGUGACCAGUCAGGCUAUAGCAGAAAACAGCGGCUUGGAUGUGGAGGAACAUCAGGUUAAGACUUGCGGAUGAUGAUUUCGGUUAGCGCUCUAUAUUCUAAAGGUGUAAGAUUUAUUUUAUUUUUUUAUUUUUUUUGGAAAACGAGAUACUCUCAAUUCUCCAAUCAAGCAUUUAAUCACCGAAGCAC